GAUGGGUUAUACUAAACCUUGUGGGUUGAUUAGUUUUCUUGCGUGUAUACUGGUUUUAGUUUGCGGAGAGAAAGACAUUGAGAGAGGAACUGCAAGCAGUGAUGUUGAUGGGAAUGCCAAAGUUUCUGCCUUGUUCACAUUGGGCGACUCCAUUGUUGAUCCAGGCAAUAAUAAUUUCCUCCCUACCAUUGCUAAGGCCAAUCAUCCCCCAUAUGGCCAAGAUUUUAUUGAUAAAAGACCUACUGGCCGAUUUUCUAAUGGGAAACUUACAACAGAUUUCGUAGCUGCAGCAUUAGGAUUAAAGGAUACUCUUCCUGGAUAUUUGGAGCCUGAUCUCAGUAUCCAAGAUUUUCUCACAGGCCUCAGCUUUGCUUCAUCCGCUACUGGAUACGAUAACCUUACAGCCAUAAACUUCAAUGUGAUACCUAUGUGGAAACAAAUGGAAUUCCUUAAGGAGUACAAGGCGCAUUUGGAGGAUAUGGUGGGGAAGGAAAAGUCGAUAAAUAUAAUUGAGGAAGCAUUAUUUCUCAUGGUUGCUGGUACCAACGAUUUUAUAUAUAACUACUUUUCUUUUCCUAUCAGAAAACAUGAAUUAAGUGUGGAGCAGUACCAGAACUUUCUUCUCGAUAUUUCCAGCAAUCUCAUUCAGGAUUUGUACAAUGUGGGUGCCCGCAAAGUUGGUGUUACUGGGCUCCCUCCACUGGGAUGCUUACCUAUGGUGAGAGAUAAUCAAAGGAAUUCGGUGGAAUCAGCGUGCAUUGAAGAAUUCAACCAAAUUGCAAUCUCAUACAACAAAAAACUGAAGGAAAACAUGGAGACACUGCAAGCUCGCCUUCCUGGAAUAACAUUGGGAUACCUCGACAUCUAUGACAGCCUUUUGGACAUUAUCACAUAUCCUACAAAAUAUGGGUUCGAGUCGUCAACCAGGGGCUGCUGUGGGACAGGAUCAACAGAAUUGGCAUUCUCCUGCAAUGUUGUAACUCCAAUUACCUGUGCAGAUGCAUCAAAAUUUGUUUUCUGGGACGCCCUUCAUCCAACACAGAAGGCAUCCGAAAUACUUGCAAACGUGUUGAUAGAACAAUAUAUAAAAUUCCUAUAAGCAGCUCAAUUUUCAUAGCACUAAAUAAACUGUUAUUUUCAUGUAAGAAGAAGAUCAUUUUCAAAAGUGAAUUUAAAGUUUUAUGAAUAUAAUGUAUAACAAUUGUUUGUUGGGAGUUUUGAACA